AUCCCUGACCAGUAUCUGUUACAAAUGUAGUUUUAUAUUAGACUGCACUUGGAGGUAUUCGAUAGGGGGCGCUAAUCACCUAACACCGACAGCGCGACUGUUCACGUGUUAACAACAACUCUCAAAGUGACAGCGUUAUCUCGGCUCUCAUCGAUCUAACUGACAUUUUAAAAGGUGGAAUACGGUUUGUUUUUUUCUUUAAAACAACAGAAAAGAUGGACGUCAGCAUCUCCGUUUCCUUCUUUAAAAACAAGCUUGGGUCGACCAUCGAGCACGCAAUGAAAGCGGCCGUAGACAGCGUACUGUGCGAAAUGACACAGCUCGUUGACUCCAAGUUUGCCGAUUUCCAGCUCGAAAUCUCUGAAAAGGACAAAGAAAACGAAACUCUCAAGCGGAGACUGGAAAUAUCAGAAAGCGAGCUGAAAGCGGCGCGGGAAUAUCUGAAAGCUGCAGGCAACCAGCGGCGCACAAAUACCAUCUGUAAUCAUAAACACGGGUGUCAAAGCAGAGCCAGCGGGGUGCGCGGUCUGACACAGAAAGGAACCAGUACGGAAAAGUGUGCUUUACUCAGUGGAAAACCGACAGACCAUAUAUACGAGAGCGAUUACAGUGGAGCUCUGCCAAUUGCGAAACCAGUUUGCUGCACCAGUAAAGCGGUCAAGUCAGCCGUGGCUGUCCAGCACCUACAGGAUUGUGAGGCGGCUGACUCGUGGACACCAGCAAGGGGAAGCACAGAAAAGGGUGCAGAACAGCUAAACGCUGCCCCUGGUUCGGAGGAAGAAACAUCGAUGACACCGGUAGAAGAUGGAGAGAAAGCCUUUAACCAUGUUGCAGUGCAGACGCUUUCAGGUGCAGAGAUGGCCCUUGAGCAGAGCCGGAGUGGAGGGGAUAUUCUUCAGUUGGAAUCUGUCCAAAUCAAAGAGGAGGAUUGUCUCUACACAGCGGAGGAUGGACCUGAGCUUGGGACUGUCCACAUUAAAGAGGAAGAGCUGGAUUCUGACAGCGGAGCCGAGAUCACUGAACUAGGACAGGUGCACAUUAAAGAUCUACAAUCUGACGUUGAAGAGGCGCAGAGUGAGCUGGAGUCCAUUCCUCGCACCCCUCGACUGCCGUCUCCAAGCUCGUCCGGUGCUGAAUUGGAAGAAAGAGCAGCGCACUCCAGCAGCAGCACAACACGUUUAGAAGAACACGACUACAGUCUGCUCGCACAGAUCUCCCAAGGCCUUUCUUUGCAACACACAACAGAACCAGAAAGCUUCCAGACACCCCAGCCGACUGUGGAGAGACUGUAUCCCUGUACGAUAUGUGGGGAGGUUUUCACUGGGAGAGGUGUGCUUCGUAGACACCGGCGCCAGCAUACUGCCAAGACCCCACUGUAUCACUGUACCAAGUGUGUGAAGAGCUUCACUCGUUCAGACCACCUGAAGACACACCUGCGGGUCCACACAACAGAGACCCCCUUUCAGUGUACCGAGUGUGGCAAGAGCUUUAAGUAUUCCACCAGCCUUAAAAUGCACCAGCGAGGUCACGCCAGAACAAUCCAGCACAGAUGCACCGACUGUGGGAAAAUCCACAAGAGAAUCCCUACAGGGCACAUUGAGUACCCCUGCACUGGAUGUGGGAAGAGUUUCGGCAGGUUUGACGACCUCAGAGAGCACCUCAAGGUUCACACGGAUCUCUCCAAGAGCCCAGUAAGACGAGGAAACAAACUCGCAACGGAGAGACUCAGUAUCUCUGUAUUGAGUGUGGGAAGAAGUUUGGCUUGUUAGAAAACCUGAUACAGCACCAGCGGAUUCACACUGGAGGCAGCAGAGAGACAUCCUUUGGUCUUGUAGUUCACUAAUUCAGCUGUAAAAUUGAAAACGGUGGGGGAAAUGCACUUAGAAAGUAGCGUAAACUAAACUGUUAAAUCCUUGCUGAAGUACCAUAGUAAAGGCAAAGUGCAAUACAGCAUUGUAAAGGUAUGGUAAAGCAAAUACAUAUUAAAAUAUGACAUGUCAAA